GGGUCCGGCCCAAACAGGGGCCGGGGGCUCUGAGGGGCCGUGCUGCGAGUGCGGGCGCCCAGCCGCUCCGGGGGUAGUUGGAGGCGAGGAGAGCGCGACCGCGAGCGCUCCCAACCCCUCCAGCUUUCCCCACGCGCGGUCUGAAGGGAAGCCACCCGCAACCCGAAAGGCAGUGAAUAGGGGUGGAAAGGGGGCUGUUGCACCCCGGGGUCCCGGUGUCACUCUCUCCCCAGUCCGUCGCGUGUGAGGUACCGAGGGCCCUUGUAGCCAGGCCCUUGGUUUACCUCACCGGGGCUCUUCCCAGCUGACCCCCAAGUGGACCUGGCGCCCCGUCUCUCAGCCGGAGAAGCAGCGCCUCCCCUCUCCCCCCAACCCCUGCUCCGGGUGUUUGUCCCGCACCUUCGCCUGAGGCUGGGCUCGCUUAACACACCUGCUGGAUGUUGCCAAUGGGAAACCCGGGCUCCAUGCGCUUAGCGACUUGCUGGGUCUUUCUCAACAAUGAGCAGCUGGAAUUCUCCCUACACCUGCCCUGAACUGAGAAGCUGAGCAUGGUUAUGCCUCCAUGUUACCAUACAAUAACAAGGACAGAGAUGCCUUAAAACGGAGGAACAAAUCCAAGAAGAAUAACAGCAAUAGCAGAUCAACUCACAACGAAAUGGAGAAGAAUCGACGGGCCCAUCUUCGCUUGUGCCUGGAGAAGUUGAAGGGGCUAGUGCCACUUGGGCCUGAAUCAAAUCGACACACUACACUGAGUUUAUUAACAAAAGCCAAAUUGCACAUAAAGAAACUUGAAGAUUGUGACAGAAAAGCCAUUCACCAAAUAGACCAGCUUCAGCGAGAGCAGCGGCACCUGAAGAGGCAGCUGGAGAAACUGGGCAUUGAGAGGAUACGGAUGGACAGCAUUGGCUCCCCCGUCUCCUCAGAGCGCUCAGACUCCGACAGGGAAGAAAUCGAUGUGGAUGUUGAAAGCACAGACUAUCUCACGGGUGAGUUGGACUGGAGCAGCAGCAGCGUGAGUGAUUCUGAUGAGCGGGGAAGCAUGCAGAGCCUUGGCAGUGAUGAGGGCUACUCCAGCUCCAGCGUCAAGAGAAUAAAGCUCCAGGACAAUCAUAAGACGUGUCUUAGCCUAUAAGAGAGAGUGGUCACUUCGGCUGCCCCCAGAUGGUUCUCCUUGUCGGAUCUGAUUAGGUAGUGUAUUGGACCAGCCCACAAUCCCCUUGCACGUAAAUUUCAGUGUACUACCCUUACCAAAAUCAGUUUUGUAAACAUUUUCAAGGAAGUGCUUAGGAUUGUGGGUUUCUGAUUUCAUCCACUAGCUUCUUUCUCUCCAUAAAAUUCGUCUCUGAGAGACUGUACAUUCCAAUCAAUUUGAAGCACCCCAAAAUUCUUAGAGCGAAUAAGCAACUUUCACAUCUCAGCAAUUUCUCCCUUGUUUACUGUCCCCAUGUAGCCUACCAGACCUUUUAAAAGUGUUCUGGCUUACUAUGUUAUUUGCCUAGCAGAAAUGUACGAAUGUGUCUUGUGCUUAGGAAGCUGAAGGAAACAAGCUUCUAAAGUUGAGAUCCUCAUCUCAGCACUCCAAAGUAAGCUUUGAAAGGGGCAUUUAAGAGCACUUAACCAUGGACCUCACUGGAGUGAGGAGUUAGGAAUACCUCCAGCAAACACCCUUCACACACCCCUGUGCUCAUUCCCCAGACUCGAGUGUGGAUGGGAGCAGUAUUUCUCACUCUAAAAUGGACACCUGGAUGGAGAGCAUGGCUUUGGGGUUGCACAGCUUAUAAAAGUUCCAAUAUUGUUUGUUCCCACAAACAAAAUGGUACAAUCUAUUUUUGUGCGAUGCUUUUGGGACCAUGCUGUGUACUGCUAUCCCCAAGGCUCAUUUCUUCUCAAAGUUUGUUAUGCUACUUGUCUCUGGAACAUUUUUUUUUCCUACCUCAGAGAUAAAGGAGAUCUCCAUUUCCCACUUAACACAGUGAUUAUGCCUCUUUUUCCCCCCUGGGUCCAAUUCUAAUCUAUUUUCCUAUUUAACUUUCAGCAAUAACUGAGCUUUGGCACUAGUUGAGCUAGUAGCCAUCAUCAGUGAAAGGAAAAGUCCACAUUUCUACUGUGUUGCAGGUGAACAGGAGGGGCUAGUACAGUGUUACUAGAAUUCCUCUCAUUAUUUUUGGAUGCACCCAGAAACUUCUUUAUGGAGGUUUUUGGGUUGACAGUUUAAAAGGCUGAUUUUUCUUUUUGGUUAUGAUUUCUCCCUUAAGUGGUCUCCCACUUUGUAGCAUUUUUAUUUAAGCUAAAUAGAGCACAUGUAUAUGUACAUAAGACACAUUAAAUCUAUAAAUACUAUUUAUUCAUUUUAUAUAAACUAAUGUAAUGGAAAAUAAAUUCUUAUGACUUUGUGCUUUUAUAGAUGUUCUAGAAACUUUGUAUGUAGGUAUCUACCAAAUUGGUUCAUUCCCCUUAUUUUUGCAUUCAUAUUUUUGAGGUCUUGAUGUUUUCAGCCUCUGGCUAAUCUUUUUCAUUGAAUUUAAACCAUUUGUAAAAAUCUGUGAUGCUGAAACAGAGUGUAUGUCACAAAGUGAUGAGAACAUUCCUAAAAUCCACAGAUGCACUGCAACCUAAGGGCUCAAGGGCUGAACCGGUAACGGGUGGCCACCCUGUGCCCCCGCUGGCCUGCGGUCUCUAGCAUGCCACAGCCUCACACUUCCUCCAUCACCUCCACCUUCCACACAACUGAACGUUCAAACACACUCUAUACAGAAGCUCAUUCUAGAUGUGAAGAGCAAUGUAAACAAAGCAAGAUUACUUUUGUGUUUUCUUUUAAAAAAUUCAAUAUAUUUAAAGAAUUUAAAUUGGAAGUAGUGGAUUGCUAAAUGAUCCCAAAGUUAUGUGUACUCUUCUGGUUUUGUUCUGUUUUUUCUUUCAUUUGGGCUUUGCGGGGGGGGGG